AGCGCACAACUGAAUACUCGGGAGAAAAACUACAACGUUUGCUGAAAAAAGUCCCUUUCGAUUGUCAACGAGCCCAAAUUAUCAGCUUUGGCAGCAAUCAUGGAGACGCCAAUAAAUACCCUUAUGGUUGAGGGGUCUAUCGACGACCAAGUGCUCGAGAUGGCCCAGUAUCUCGAAACACGGAAGGGAUCGCAGGGGCUUGUCGCUCAAAUCAAAUCGCAGUUUGAAGGAGAGGCCUACGAUCUCGAUGGUUGUUUGCGUGAGAUCGUGAACGCAAGCAGCGCCCUUUCUACCGCCCCGGAGAAAGAAUUUAUUCCUGCUUAUAACCUUCUUAUACACCUUAUUCGCUCGUCAACAGCACUACCGGAAUUCCUGCCCACGAUUCUGAAAAAUCUCUCCACACCCCCUUCCACAUCCCCGAUUAACGGACCCGCUCUUUCGGUCCACGCUUUAUCAACUAUCUUCAACGUUCUUCCUGCCAACAGCCCUUUACGGUACCCAGUCUUCAGGGCAACUUUACAGGUUGUUACUGAUCAUGGAAUGCACGACGUUUUGGCUCCCCAAUUAAGGAAUAUUGAACGAUGGGUCGGGGAAUGGGGGAGUUCUAUCGCCGAAAUCAGGGAUCUAUAUCUUACUGUUGCUGACGUGGCCGAGAAGGCUGGUGAUGCUGACCAAUUCUAUUCCUUCCUUUUCCGUACCUUGCAAAGCUUUACCCCCGAAGAAUCCACCGGCGAAGAAGCUCGAACGAUUGCCGUACGCUUAUUGAAAGCAUCGGUCAACAUGCCGAGCCGUCUCGAAUUUGAUGAUAUCAUCGCCCUGGACCCAAUUCAGCAACUUUCUAACACCGACCCGGAGGCCUUCGCUCUAUUGGAGGUAUUCGCUGGCGGGGAUCUUGAGGAUUAUGACGAAUUUAAUGAUGAGCACGAUGGCUGGGUUGACGACAACGGAAUCGACCACUCUGUUGCAUUCCGCAAAAUCCGUCUUCUGACUCUUGCAUCACUAGCCUCCACCGCCUCGAGCCGCGAGCUACCGUAUUCUGUAAUUGCACGCCGUCUGCAUAUCCCCAGUGAAGAGGUAGAGCUUUGGGUAAUCGAUGUCAUCCGUGCAGGACUGGUGGAAGGCAAACUCUCUCAACUUAACCAAACAUUUCUCAUUCACCGUUCCACCUAUAGGUCUUUCGGGAAAUCUGAGUGGGAAGAGGUUGGUAUUAGAUUAGAUAACUGGAAAGCCAGUUUAAGAAAUAUCCUAGAGGUUGUCAGGGGUGCCAGAGAACAGGUUGUCUCCCAGGGUGGUGAUGGUGUAGUGAAACCGGCAAUCAAUGGAGGGGGGAAUUCUUUGCAGGUCGAGGGGUAAAUCGACAGGUGGUGGCGCGAUCCGAGUCAUACUCGGUAUGAAAAUGAAAUGGGCUCUUCCUCACUAAGGGAUUUGCCUUACAUGUAAUCAUUAAGCAUCACUCGCAAACAUAUUUGUGCAUUAAAUUGA